AUGCAGAGGGGAAAUCACACAGUGACAGAGUUCAUCCUGCUGGGCUUCACACGAGACCCCGUGAUGCAGCUGGUCCUCUUUGUGGUGUUCCUUAUCAUGUACGUUUUGACUGUGGCAGGAAACACCUCCCUCAUAGUGCUCAUCUGUAAUGACUCCAGGCUCCACACACCCAUGUAUUUUUUCAUUGGAAAUUUGUCUUUUCUGGAUCUCUGGUUGUCCUGUGUCUACAUUCCAAAGAUCCUAAUGACUUGCAUCUCUGAUGAUAAGAGCAUCUCCUUUGCUGGCUGCCUGGCUCAGUUCUUCUUCUCUGCUGGACUGGACUAUACCGAGUGUUACCUGCUGGCUGCCAUGGCUUAUGACCGCUAUGUGGCCAUCUCAAAGCCACUGCUUUAUUCUCAGGCCAUGCCGAUAAAACUAUGUGUAUUUUUGGUAGUAGCCUCAUACCUUGGUGGCUUUAUUAACUCUUCUGUCAUCACCAAGAAAACAUUUUCUUUUGACUUUUGCAAAGAAAACAUUAUUGAUGACUUUUUCUGUGACUUGCUUCCCCUGGUGAAGCUGGCCUGUGGCAGGAAGGAAGGCUACCAAGCUCUGAUGUACUUUCUCCUGAGCUCCAAUGUCAUCACCCCCAUAGCACUCAUCCUGGCCUCCUACCUCUUCAUCAUUGCCACCAUCUUGAGGAUCCGCUCCACCCAGGGCCGCCUCAAGGCCUUCUCCACCUGCUCCUCCCACCUGGUCUCUGUCACCCUGUACUAUGGCUCCAUCCUCUACAUCUACUCUCGCCCCCAAACUAGCUACACCUUUGACACAGACAAAAUUGUCUCUACCUUUUACACUGUGGUGUUUCCCAUGUUGAACCCCCUGAUCUAUAGCCUGAGGAAUAAGGAUGUGAAAGAGGCUCUGAAUAAACUGCUCAAACGAUCAUGA